UUUUCACUUGCCCUGUACACUGAUGCAAGAAAAGACCCUGGAGAAUACUGGAGAGAUGUGAUGAAAGAUGAGCCAAUGCCUAAAGCAAUCCAACAUCUUAUGCCUCAGCCACAUAAAGAGAAAAUCGAUUGUCACAAAUCAUCUUUUGAGCCAAUUCCUAAUGUAUAUAGUUACCAUAAUGAAGAGGAUGGUCUCAAACAAGAAAAGGAUUUCGAGCUAAGGCCAAAUAUAUCUAGUUAUCAUGAUGAUGACAAUGUUGGUAUCAACCAAGAAAAAGAUUUCGAGCCAAGGCCAAAUGUAUCUGGUUAUCAUGAUGAUGAUGUUGGUCUCAAACAAGAAAAAGAUUUCAAGCCAAGGCCAAAUGUAUCUAGUUAUCAUGAUGAUGACAAUGUUGGUAUCAACCAAGAAAAAGAUUUCGAGCCAAGGCCAAAUGUAUCUGGUUAUCAUGAUGAUGAUGUUGGUCUCAAACAAGAAAAAGAUUUCAAGCCAAGGCCAAAUGUAUCUAGUUAUCAUGAUGAUGACAAUGUUGGUAUCAACCAAGAAAAAGAUUUCGAGCCAAGGCCAAAUGUAUCUGGUUAUCAUGAUGAUGAUGUUGGUCUCAAACAAGAAAAAGAUUUCAAGCCAAGGCCAAAUGUAUCUAGUUAUCAUGAUGAUGACAAUGUUGGUCUCAAACAAGAAAAAGAUUUCAAGCCAAGGCCAAAUGUAUCUAGUUAUCAUGAUGAUGACAAUGUUGGUCUCAAACAAGAAAAAGAUUUCAAGCCAAGGCCAAAUGUAUCUAGUUAUCAUGAAGAUGACAACGUUGAUCUCAAACAAGAAAAAGAUUUCGAGCCAAG